GUUCAGUUUCGCUCCUUUUUCUCCCCUUCCCUCUCUUUCUCUCUCUCUCUCUCUCUCUCUCUUUCUCUCUCUUGCCCACUGAAGAACCCUCAUCACUUCCGACAGGGGAUCAACAUACCCGAGCUUCCGACUUUCAGGUUUCAUACCGCGUAAGUCUUGUGAAUAGAUUCCGUAGAGCAAAGAGUAAUGGAAGUUGAUUCUGAAAUGCAUGAAUCUUCCACUAGCGUACCUGAAAAUGAGGCGCCGACUGUGCAGAUGGACGGUGAACAAUUGUCUUCAAACGAAAAGGGAAAAGAAAAUGACGAGAUUAUGCAAUCAAUGGAGAAGUUGCAGAUUGAGGCAUCAUCAGGAUUCAAGAGGAAACCUGUCAUCAUUGUUGUUGUUGGAAUGGCAGGAAGUGGAAAGACAACGUUUAUGCGUCAACUGGUUUGCCAUACACAUGCGUCAAAUCUUCGUGGUUACGUGAUUAAUCUCGACCCAGCUGUUAUGACCCUUCCUUUUGGUGCGAAUAUUGAUAUAAGGGACACUGUUAAGUACAAGGAAGUCAUGAAGCAGUUCAAUCUAGGUCCUAAUGGAGGAAUUUUAACAUCUCUAAAUCUGUUUGCUACAAAAUUUGACGAGGUCAUUUCAGUCGUUGAAAGUAGAGCUGAUCAGCUUGAUUAUGUGCUGGUGGACACGCCUGGGCAGAUUGAAAUAUUUACUUGGUCUGCCUCUGGAGCCAUAAUUACCGAAGCCUUUGCGUCUACUUUUCCCACUGUGAUUGCUUAUGUAGUUGAUACUCCCCGCUCUUCAAAUCCAACUACAUUCAUGAGUAAUAUGCUGUAUGCUUGUAGCAUUCUUUACAAGACACGGCUGCCUCUUGUUUUAGCUUUUAACAAGACAGAUAUAGCUCAACAUCAGUUUGCUUUGGAGUGGAUGAAAGAUUUUGAGGCAUUUCAUGCAGCACUUGAAGCAGAUGAGUCCUACACUUCAACUUUGUCUCAGAGUCUAUCCCUUGUCCUCGACGAGUUCUAUAAAAAUCUAAGAUCAGUCGGAGUUUCUGCACUUUCUGGUGCGGGGAUGAAUGAGUUCUUUAAGGCCGUCGACGACAGUGCUAAAGAAUACAUGGACACUUACAAGGUUGCUCUCGAUAAGAGACUGGCAGAGAAGGAACGCUUGGGGGAGGAUCACCGGCGUGAUAACAUGGAAAGGCUUAGGAUGGAAAUGGAGAAUUCACAAGGAGAAACUGUAGUUUUAAGUACUGGUUUGAAGGACAGAGAGGCUGGCAGCAAUAGCAUGUUGGAGGAUGACAACGAGGAAGACGAAGAAGAUGAAUAUGCGAGGUUUAGUGAGGUGGAAGAAGAUAUGAUUGACGAUGAAGAUGAAGACGUUGCUGGUUUUUCCUUCUAACACUGCAUUUAACCAGGAAUAUUUCUUGUUUGCCUUGUUAUCCGAACCUGAUUUGAAGGACAUUGUAGCUUCUUUUUUUGGCAUUGCCUAAAUGCUUGCAUAUAGUCUGUGAAGUGCGGACGGAAAGGUGCUGUACAUAAGGAAGGACUUUGUGGCGCUGUUAGUGCUCUAAAAUCUCGGUUUCACUAAUUUCUCCAUUCUAAAUGAGGUAUUAUAUUUCAAUUGGGAUGCCUUA